GUAUCCCAGUUGAGUCGAGGGUGAAUAUCUUCAUCAACAGCUUUGGGUCCAUCCAGGAGACCACUAUGGACUACAGAGUGAACAUAUUUCUUCGCCAGAGAUGGAAUGACCCCCGCCUACGACUUCCUACUGACUUUAAGAGUGACUCACUGACUAUUGACCCAGCAAUGUUCCAGUGUUUGUGGAAGCCAGACCUUUUCUUUGCCAAUGAGAAAAACGCAAAUUUCCACGAUGUCACACAGGACAACAUUCUACUCUUUAUUUUCAGGAAUGGAGAUGUCUUAGUCAGUAUGAGGCUGUCAGUUACAAUGUCUUGUCCCUUGGAUCUCCGACUUUUCCCAAUGGACACACAGCGUUGCAAGAUGCAGCUAGAGAGCUUUGGAUAUACCACCAGUGAUCUUGUGUUCAUGUGGCAGUCUGACCCAGUUCAGAUGGAUGAGAUUGCUCUCCCUCAGUUUGACAUCAAACAAGAAGACAUCAUAUAUGGAAACUGCACAAAAUACUACCAAGGAACAGGAUACUACACCUGCGUUGAAGUGAUUUUUACAUUGCGUAGGCAGGUUGGUUUCUACUUGAUGGGGGUUUAUGCUCCAACUCUGUUGAUUGUCGUUUUGUCCUGGUUAUCAUUCUGGAUCAACCCUGAUGCCUCCGCUGCAAGGGUGCCAUUGGGUAUUUUAUCAGUACUCUCUCUGUCCAGUGAGAGUAUGCUUUUGGCGUCAGAACUACCAAAGGUUUCCUACGUUAAAGCCAUUGACAUCUGGCUCAUUGCUUGUCUACUUUUUGGGUUUUCAUCACUGGUGGAAUAUGCUGUGGUGCAGGUGAUGCUUAACAGUCCCAAACGGAUUGAAGAGGAGAAAGCCAAAAUGGCCACAAAGGAGAAAGCUCUGCAAGAGAAAGAAGGAAAAAAGCCUUCAAAUAAAACAAAUAACACAGUCAAUGGAACUGGUGGAACACCUAUACAUGUCAACACUCUGCAGCAGUGCCUGCCCUCAUCCCCGAAAACGAGUUCGAAUUUGGAACUGACACAAAUUGGCAGGAAAAUACAUGGUUCUGUUGGAGAGUUCGGGCAAGAUUAACCUGAGCAAUGACCGUUCAGAGUACAGCAAAUAGAAGAAAGUUGUCACAGAAGCAGUGGAGCCAAGAACGCAACCACACAUGUCAGGCAACAUUAACCAGGCACAUAUGUGACAGACUAUUUUUUUUUCGACCAUGCACCGUUUUCUACCAUUGGCCAUUUUGAACAGCGGCCCAGGAAUUUUUUUGUAUACUAACUCUUAUGUUAAAAUCAAACCCACACAUCUCAACUUUGUGACUUCUCCUAAAAUGUGUAUAUUUAUCAUCUAGUGAAUUUUGGAGGGGUGUGGGAGGAAGAGACUUUGUUUAGCAUUUAUACCUAGAACUGCCAAACGGGGUCAUUUUGACCCUUAUGUAAACAAAUGCAUAUGCUAUUCUAUAUUUUGAUAAGCAGGCAGUCAUAUUAUUAUUUAGAACUAGCUAGAUCUGAUCGAUAUGGACAUAAAUGCGAGUGAUGUAUAAUCGGUUGCGAGAGACAGAGCUUAGUGAACACGUUGUCUUUUCAGACUGUCACAAAUAAGAUCAUAGUGAAAAAAUGCCUAUAAUAUGACAAUAUAGUUUAAACAGACAAUGCCAAAAUGAAAGCAACAUUAGUUAGUGAUACAUUUGACAUGAAUGUGUAUAACAAAUAUGCUAAUAUCACCCAUGUAAGACACACUUUUUGCUGUGGGACGUUGCCAAACGUACAUUAAAACUCAACAAAAACAUUCAUGAAUGGGGAAAUACAGUGAAGGAAAUACAUAUCUGAUCCCUUGCAGAUCUUGUAAGUUUGCCCACUUACAAAGAAAUUAACAGCAUAUCAUUGCAAUGGUAGGGUAGGUUUAUUUUAACAGUGAGAGUAAGAAUAUCAAAAACUAAAUCCAGAAAUUGACUUGCAAUUAACUGUGGGAAAUAAGUACUUGAUCCCCUUGCAAAACAUGCCUUAGUACUUGGUGGAGAAACCCUUGUUGGACACACAGAGGUCAGACGCUUGUAGUUGGUCUCCAGGUUUGUGCACAUCUUAGGAAGGAUUUUGGUCCACUCCUCUCUGAAGAUGCUCUCCAAAUCCUGAAGGUUUUGAGGCUGAUGCUUGGCAUCUGGAAGCUUCAGCUCCCUCCACAGAUUUUCCAUUAUGGUGUGUAGUGUGUUACGAAUAGUUUUCUUGGUGCCUGUGCUCCCAGCUGUCUUGAGAUCAUUAACAAGUUCCUUCGUGUAGUUCUUCCCUCACCUUUCUCAUGAUCAUCAUACCCCACGGGGCCAGAUCUUGUGUGGAGCCCCAGACCGAGGGCGACUGAUGCUCAUUUUGUGGUUCUUCCAUUUCUGAAUAAUCGCACCAACAGUUGUCUCCUUCUCACCAAGCUGCUUUCUGAUGGUCUUGUAGCCAAUCCCAGCCUGGUGCAGGUCUACAGUCUGGUCCCUGAGGUCCUUAGACAGCUCUUUAGUCUGGCCCAUGGUGGAGAGGUUGGAAGCUGAUUGAUUGAUUCUGUGGACAGGUGUCUUUUAUACAGGUAACAAGUUGAUAUUAGGAGUACUUUCUUAAAGGAAGAGGACUUAUGUAACCGGUCUGUGGGAGACUUGUUGGUGUUUGCAAGGCGAUCAAAUACUUAUUUCCCACAAUUAAAUGCAAAUUAAUUCAUAUCUCUUAUAUGAUGUACAUUUCUGGAGGUUCUUUUUGAUAUUCUGUCUCUCAUGAGUCAAAUAAACCUACCAUUACAAUUAUAGACUGUUCAUUUAUUUGUAAGUGGGUAAACUUACAAAAUCGGCAAGGGAUCAACUAAUAAUUUCCUCCACUGUAUCAGGCGACAUUGCUUGUGUGGCAAUCAGACAGUGGAUUACAACAUUUAAGCGGGACCUGCCGUCCAAACAGUAGAGUAGGCUGAACACCGGCAUAACGCUCCAAAGUUCAGCAAAUGCUGCUGAUUUAUAUUUGCCAUUUCAUUCUGGAAAACAUUAUAAAGAUGGAAAAAUUGUUUCAAUCUGAGUUCGUAAGCAUAUAAUCAACAUAAGCACAGCUCCAAUGCAAUUUGCCUUUGUUAAUGCUGGCAUUGCUGAGAAAUGCAGUGACGUGAACAUCGCCUCCAGGGCUCUCGUUGGUGAAAAAGCAAACGGUUGUUUUAGCUAAUGCAACAACUGUAAAACAAACUGUAGCGCCGACUGCACUGACCUAUAACGGUACUCAUUUGAGUGGAAAAAGGGUAAAUUAGUCACUAU